GCUAAGAUUUUGGUAUCGCCUAAGACCGUAGCGUUGUGCACCUUCCUUUUUAUCUUUGAGGCAUGGCUGGCACUUGGCCCUCUACCAUAUAUGCCUUCUACAAGGGCAUAAAACCACAUAAAACCAAAAAGGAACAAGAAGUAUACAAGAAUAAGUUGUAAACAAAAUUAAUAGCAUAAUUCAUAAUAAUCAUGGGUAAAUUAAACGUGACAAUGUUACGUUACUUAACUAAGGAAGAUUUUCGUGUUUUGACAGCAAUUGAAAUGGGCAUGAAAAACCAUGAGCUAGUACCAAGAUCAUUGGCUGCACAAAUUGCAAACUUACGUCAUGGUGGUGUUCACAAAUUAUUGAAACAGCUUUGCAAACACAACUUAGUCAGUUAUGAACGAGGAAAACACUACAAUGGUUAUAGACUUACAAAUUCUGGAUAUGACUAUUUGGCCUUAAAAGUCCUAGCUUCUCGUGGAGUAUUAUCUUCUUUUGGUAACCAAAUUGGUGUUGGCAAAGAAUCAAAUAUUUACAUUGUUGGAGAUGAGAAAGGAAAUCCUAUCUGUUUAAAACUACACAGACUAGGCCGUAUCUGCUUUCGAAAUAUUAAAGGCAAAAGAGAUUAUCAUCAGCACAGAAAAUCUGUUUCAUGGUUGUAUCUAUCUAGGAUAUCUGCUACUAGAGAGUUUGCUUACAUGAAGGCGCUUCGGGACAGAGGAUUCCCAGUACCAAAGCCAAUUGAUUUCAAUAGACAUUGUGUUGUUAUGGAGCUGGUUGAAGGUGGACCCCUAUGUGGUGUAUAUGAAGUAAAUGAUAUUGAAGCUUUGUACGAUGAAUUAAUGGAUUUAAUUGUACGACUUGGAAAUCAUGGUGUUAUUCAUGGAGAUUUUAAUGAGUUUAAUAUCAUGAUAACUAAUGAGGGUAAGCCAAUCAUUAUUGACUUUCCUCAAAUGGUAUCAACUGAACACAUUAAUGCUGAAGUAUAUUUUGAGAGGGAUGUCAAUUGUAUUCGUGAUUUCUUUAGACGACGCUUUGCAUAUGAAAGCGAGUUAUAUCCAUCAUUUAAAGAUAUAUCACGUGAAGAUUGUAUAGACGUUGAAAUUAAAGCCAGUGGUCUCACAAGACAAAUGGAAAAAGAUUUAUUAGUAGAAAUGGGUAUAGAGGAAUGUGAAGAUGUCGAUGAAGAUGAUGAGGAAGAAAAAGAUAAAGAAAAUAUCAAAAAGACCGAGGAAGAAAUAAAUUAUUUACGAGAUCAAGUAGAACAAAUAGUGGAAAGCGACUCAAACAAAAUGCGGGAAACAGGCUUGAUGGAAUCAACGGAAAAAAUUAAGGACACUAUAGAAAAUCUUGGAAAAUUAAAAAUUGACGAGAACCUUGCGUUAAGAUCUGACUAUAAAGAAGAUGAUCGGCUUAUAGAUACGCAAAAAAGUAUUCUUGACUCUGAAGAGAGAGACGCCAUUGCUGAAAUGAAUAUCACACAGGCAACUCACGGUUCAAAUAAUGAGUCGUCCGAUGAUGAAUUUCAGGAUUCACUAAGUGUCAGAAGUGUUUCCACAGCGGCGACUAUCGCGCCUGAAGUAAUAAAGCAUCGAAUGAGACAGACGCUGGAAAAACGCGAAAAAAAGGGUCAGUCGAGGAAAAUAUUGGCGAAGGGUGAAGCCAGCGCGACGACGCGGACACGUCGUGAAAACCGAGACACCAUUCGACAAUCCAGUGGCAUAUGGGGUUGGGAAUAAUAAAUAAUUACAGUCAUACCUUAACUUCAUACGAAUUACAUACUAACUGUACAACUGUGGAUAAUAAAUCCUAAAUUGUCGGAGUGUA